UUAACGAUUCCAACUGGUCAGCGAGGAAUUCCAAGCGAAUGGACGAUAGAAAAGAAGCCACGAAGUUGCUGUUACGGUUAGCAACAUCGAUUCUUCUGACGUCGGUUCGCGCCAACGUCCCCCCUUAUCAUGAAAUAGUGGGCGUUGGACAAUCUGCGCCACCGUUUUUCGUUGCUCCAGUUUACGGUGUAGCACCUGCGGUGACCUUGCUGCCUCCGGAACCCGUCGAACAGACCAAAACGAUUGUCGCUGGACCCGUGACAAGAACCACGAUCGUGAAAGGAUCGUCUUCCGGGCCGGUGACCAUCGUGUCUCCAGGAACUUCGAACAACGGCGUUUCAUCCAUCGGAGAAACGCGAGCACCGAACGCACCGAGUGCAACCGAGGAUUCGGUGCUCGUUAGAGGUGCCUCGUCUGGUCCGGUAACGCUGGUGGCUCCUUCCGAUAAUUCUGUCGCUACCGGCGACGCCGAUAACGCAGAGUCAGCCAGAACGGAAACAAAGGAAGGUGUCGUCGCUACGUCAGCGAAGGCAUCUGUUGCAAUCGAAAACGCGGAAGAAUCGUCGACCACGGAAGCAUCGGCGAACACGACGGCAAUUAGAGAAACAAUAGGAAUAGUGUCAGCGAACGCUGUAAUAGGUCCCUCGACAGGGCCCAUAGUUAUCGCUGGUCCGACCGCUCCGCCGUUACCUAUCGCUCUUGCGACUUCGACUUCUUCAUCGGGCACAAUUUCUCUUUCGACGACUGCUAGUUCCGUCGAGGCCGCUUCCGGUACAACUGCAAACGCUAUCGAUACGAUAACCGACGAAACUACUCGAAUCGCAGAGACUACGGAAUCAACUAAGAUCGAGGGUUCGUCGUCCAACACGAGUACCGUGACGACCACUCGGAGAAACACGGUAGCACCGGCUACGGCAGAAAUUAAUUUAAUUCCAGCUAAAGCUGUGAUCCCAGUCACCGGGACGGCUUCAAGCAACAUUGUCGUAUCAGCGGCAACGGGUCCCUCCGUGCUCGUUUCCGGUCCCACGGGAUCCAGUGCUUCCUUGCCGUUGUUCGAGUCGCCCCUCUACUCGUUGCAGCGUUAAACGUUUAUCCUUGUCCAUUCGUUGUUUCUCCGGAGUGGGAAGAAAAAAAUGAGCACGGCGCGACCCCCGUUCGCAGACGUUCGACGUAUCCUUUCUAAAGACGGUCUCGCUCUGGUAACGACGAGACAAA